UCCCUAGUUUGAGAUUUCAAAGCAACCUACCUUGUGUUUUAUGACCACCAACAAUGGAGUCCUUUUAUUUGUUUCCUUAAAAGCAUUCUUCUUAAGAGAACAUUCAGACUGUAUAGACUACAGGUAACUCUUACUGAAGUUACAGCUAGAGAAGGACUUUGUCUAUAAGCACCUGUGAAGAAUAGCAAAGAGAAGUAUAUGUCAGUUAAGUUGACAGUCUUUAGUUGUUUGGUUUAUUUGUGUCAUGAUGGUGGGAUGAUAGACAUGUGUUGUUCUUGGUGGUUGUAGAUAUUCACUAUGAUAUGUUGCUCUUUAACUCUCCUUUCUUUUGUCUUGAUGCUUGCUUAGGAAAUUAAGAGCAACAAAGUGUAGGAUCAUGGCGUGAAAGGCUCCAAUUAUGGAAGGAAAUCCUCAAUAAGGAGAAAUUGGCUGAACAGUUAGAUGCUUCAAAUGCCAAGUACGAUGUUGAAUUUGACAUGAAGGAGGUUGAAAAUAGUCUUAGAAAGGAUGUGGUGGAAAAGGUAUCAGAAAGCAAUGGAGCAAGAGCUCUGUGGAUAUCUAAGAGAUGGUGGCGCUACCGUCCAACAAUCCCCUAUACUUACUUUCUUCAGAAGCUUGAUUCCUCAGAGGCAAGUGUUCGCCUUUUCCAUUAGCUUUUAGCUGUUAAUUUCAGUUGUCAUUAUUGGAGUUCCUUAUCUUGCGGGUAAAUACAAGAAAAAAGGGCAACUAACACUUUCUUGUACCAAUGUCUUGUAUGGGCCCCAUUCUCCUCUUCUUGUACUCGUAUCUGACAGCAGAUAUGGAAUCACCUCUGAUCAUACUGUGGUGGUCGACGCAAAAUUAAAUGGAAUUAGGAUGAAAGAAAGCCAAAUGUUAUAUCUUCGUAUAGGUUGAAUGAAUAAGAUAGUCCUUGUUGUUUUCCCUAACUGAGCAGCAGGCUGUUGUUCUUUGUAUUAGGUUGCUGCAGUUGUCUUCACAGAGGACUUGAAAAGGGUAUAUGUAACUAUGAAAGAAGGUUUUCCAUUGGAAUAUGUUGCAAGUAUUUAUGUUCUUGUUGAGUGAGAAAUGGAACGAUGUUUUGUUAAUCACUUAGACUCAGUUUUGCUUCUUUUUUUCUUUUUUGUGUGUCCGCAAGGUUAAUAUUCCCCUCGAUCUAUAUUUGUUUGAGAUUAUCUCAAGUUCUGGAGUUGAAGUGGAUCUUCUUCAGAAACAGCAGAUUCAUUACAUUUUGAAACUUGUGAUUGCUUUGCUGCCUGGAUUGCUCAUCCUGUGGCUAAUUAGGGAGUCAGUGAUGCUACUACAUAUAACCUCAAGUCGUUUCCUUUACAAGAAGUAUAACCAACUUUUUGACAUGGCAUAUGCAGAAAAUUUUAUCAUGGUAAUUCCUAGCUUAAAGCUCUCAUUUUUAAGUUUGUCCUUCAAAUUACUUGUUUUGCACAUGAUGAUGUUGUCUUUCUUCUCUUCAGCCGGUUGGUGAUGAAGGCGAUGUAAGUGAAACAAGGUCAAAGUACAAGGAAGUGGUGCUUGGUGGUGAUGUUUGGGAUCUUCUUGAUGAAAUAAUGAUCUAUAUGGGCAAUCCCAUGCAGUAUUAUGAGAAUUGGUGAAAUUUGUUAUGGUAAUACAUGAUCUACUGCUUUAAAUGAACACUAGUGCAACUAUCUUUUUUGUGAAUGUUGUGAUGAAUUAUCACUGUCUGAUAGCUAUAUGCAUGACAGGGUAUUCUUCUGUCGGGACCUCCUGGAACAGGAAAGACCCUAUUUGCCCGAACUCUUUCAAAGGAAAGUGGAUUGCCUUUUGUUUUCGCUUCAGGUGCAGAGUUCACUGAUAGUGAGAAGAGUGGUGCUGCAAGGAUCAAUGAAAUGUUUUCUAUUGCCAGGAGAAAUGUAAGCUCCAUCUGUUUUGUUUGCUCCCAUCCCGCGAACAUAUAAUAAGAUGUUUUUUUUACUAUUCAUUCUUUGAUGCAGGCUCCAUCAUUUGUGUUUGUUGACGAAAUUGAUGCCAUUGCUGGAAGGCAUGCAAGAAAGGACCCACGAAGAAGAGCAACUUUUGAAGCUUUGAUUGCACAACUUGAUGGAGAGUGAGGAGCUUUCAUUUUGUCCUAUGAUCCUAUCCCUUUGUGUUUCUCUUGUUAUUUCAUUUUCAUUACGUUCUUCCAAGAAACGGAUAUUGAUUCUGUUUCUACGGAUUAUUGAUCAAACGUUUUUUAGUAUCUACUUCACUAGAUGACAUGACAUUUCAUUUGUCUUGUGAAGGAAAGAAAGAACAGGAGUGGAUCGUUUUUCUCUCAGACAAGCUGUGACUUUCAUCUGUGCGACAAAUAAGCCAAAUGAAUUGGACUUGGAAUUGGUUCGUCCAGGACGCAUAGACCGGCGCUUGUAUAUUGGUGUGCCCGACGCAAACCAACGAGUGCAGAUUUUCAGCGUACAUAGUUCUGGAAAGCAACUUGCAGAAGAUGUUGACUUUGGAAAGGUAAGUUCUGCCCUGUUCAUCUCCUUUCCGUAGUGUUACUGGUUCUGUGAUGCCAUAUUAUAAAGUGCCUUUCUGUAAUACUCUCAUUUGCUACAAAAUGAAGCGCUUUGGUUUUUGCUUAAUAUGGUUGCCGCCUCCUUUCUGUCUGCAGCUUGUGUUGUGUUCCGUACUGUUGGGUUCUCUGGAGCAGAUAUUCGAAAUCUUGUGAAUGAAGCUGCAAUUAUGUCUGUCAGGAAAGGGCAUUCUAAGAUUUAUCAGCAAGACAUUGUUGAUGUGUUGGAUAAGCAAUUGCUCGAGGGCAUGGGAGUGCUUCUGACUGAAGAAGAGCAACAAAAGUGUGAAGAAAAUGUCUCAUUGGAAAAGAAGAGACUUCUCGCUGUACAUGAAGCUGGCCACAUAGUUUUAGCCCACUUGUUCCCUCUCUUUGAUUGGCAUGCAUUUUCUCAGCUUCUGCCUGGUGGUAAGGAAACUGCAAUAUCUGUGUUCUACCCAAGGGAAGAUAUGAUGGACCAAGGAUAUACUACAUUUGGGUAUAUGAAAAUGCAAAUGGUGGUGUCUCAUGGAGGUCGAUGUGCUGAGCGGCUUGUGCUCGGGAAUGACAUCACAGAUGGCGGAAGUGAUGAUCUUGAGAAAAUAACAAAGAUUGCCAGAGAGAUGGUGAUCAGCCCUCAAAAUGCAAAGUUGGGGCUCACUGCUUUAACAAGAAGAUACAAGUGGGACGACCCUUAUGUGAUCCCUGCCAACGUGACUCUUGAAGAAUCCGAGCUAUUCACUCGCGAGUUGAUCAGGUAUAUUGAAGAGACAGAGGAACUUGCAAUAGAAGGAUUAAGAGACAACAUGCAUAUAUUGGACAUGAUUGUCAAGGAACUCUUGGAGAAGUCGAGGAUAACUGGAUUGGAGGUUGAGGAGAUGAUGAAAGGCCUUUCUCCAGUAAUGUUUGAGGAUUUCGUCAAGCCAUACCAGAUCAAUGUGAAUGAGGAGGGAGAAUUGCCACAUUAUGACAAUUUGAGAUAUCAACCAGUUGAUGUAUAUCCGGCCCCACUUCAUCGAUGUUGAGGCCACACUCAACCUGUUUACAGGAGUAUGGCGACCUUCUGAUCAACAUGGUGCCAACCAAAGCCUCAGCCUUUCUGUAAGCCAGCAACUGUGGAUGAAUAUAUAUUCAUAGCUGCUGCAUAAUCCUCACACUUCUGGAAAGACAAGUUCAAUACAGGCAGGCGAUCUACCCAAUUUUGCUUCUUACAUUCUUACCUCAAAGCAUCUAACUGGUCGAAGCGCCUUGGCCCCAGAAUAUGGCGGAGAAGGACUAUUGGAUUGGAGUAGGGAAGUUGGAAGAGUAAUGUCUUAGUGGCAGAUGAGAUUUCUAGCGAGCAUUUUCGAAAGGCUCUCAGCUUUUCAUGUAAUUGAAAACCAACAGCUGAAUUGGAUUGCUGAUUUGGUAAGCAACUAGUUUUACUCUGAGUCUGUUCUUCUUGGCGAGUCGGAGCAGAGUAGGUUUUUGCUCUGCGUCUCAGAGUUCGCUUUUGUUUUGUUUUGUUUUGUUUGACUUCGUUCCAUUGAGAUCAAUCCUUGUGAUCUCGUUUUUGUACAGUUAUUUUCGUUCUUAAUAUUAAACGCCAUUAUAAAAA